AUGGCGCAUUCCAAACGCAACACCUCCCUGCCCCAUUUCACCUCGUACGAGCGCGGACUCCUGCGUUCAACAUGGGGCACGAAACGCAGUGUGAUCGGGCGCGACUCGUUCCUUCCCUUUGCGUCGUGUCGGUUAUGUCUUCAGCCCGCGCGCGCGCCCGUGGUGGCGUGCGCUACGAACGGGGAUUUGUUCUGUCGUGAAUGUGCCAUUAACGAUCUGUUGGCGCAGCGGCAGGAGAUCAAGCGACUGGAGCGCGAGCGGGAGGAAGCGCGGAAGCGGCUUGCUGAGGAUGAGCAGCGCAUGUUGGAGGAGGCAAAGAGGAAGGAGUUGAGGGAUUUCGAGCUCAUUUCGAUGGGGUUGGGGACGGGGACGGGGAAGAAGAGAAAGGCGGAGGAGGAGCAGGCGAUUGCGGCUUUUAAGAACAGGGAGGUGGAGGUGGAUGGGAAGAGGAGGAAGGUGUUUGAGUUGGACGAGAAGGAGAUGGCGAGGGUCGCAAGGGAGGAGCAGGAGAGGUUGAAGGUGGAGUUGAAGAAGGAAAAGGAUUCGAGCAAAUCGGCGUUGCCCUCCUUCUGGGUUCCCUCAUUGACUCCCUCGACGGAUCACGAUGCCAUCACGGCCAGUAAGACAGUCAAAUUGACACCAAUCUGCCCCGGGUCGAACGAGAAACACAAGCACAGUUACUCCUUAAAGUCGCUGGUUGACGUGCAUUUCACGGAGGAAACGGGCGCGGGUGGAACUGUGUCCCGAGUGUGUCCCAGUUGCAAGAAGACUCUGAGCAAUGGGUUGAAGGCGAUGCUCACCAAACCUUGUGGUCAUGUCAUCUGCUCGCCCUGUGUGACCAAAUUCAUGACUCCUCACGACGUUCCAGAUCCCCACGCUUCGAAAGAGGAGCAGGCCAAGACGGCCGCCCUCCAUGGUCUGGUGUUAUGCUACGUCUGCGAGACGGAUAUCACACCCAAGGGCUCACAUGAGACCCCCGGUGAGGACUCGACGACCACGACCAAGAAAAAGUCCAAGAAGAAGGACAAAGAGGCCAUUCAGCCCGGCCUCGUGGAGAUCAGCUCCGAAGGGACCGGCUUCGCGGGAGGCGGAAGCACCGUCGCCGAGAAAACCGGCGUGGCAUUCCAGUGUUGA